AUGGGCAUAAACUUGCGAUCUUUCUAAAUAUGGCGGUUGAUCGCAACUUCGUAACUUUUGUCUUACGAUCAUUCGCGACGAAGUUCCUUCGUUCGCCAGGAACUUUGCGAGCUGCUGGCUUGUGGUCAUCCACUGACCGCGCCAGUAUAUGCAUGUGAAUAGGAUCAAUGAAGAAUAUUGGCCGACGAAAGAGACUGGAUAUUCGAAAUACACAACCAUCGGCGAAGCGAAAAUGUCUGCGCUAGGACAGCUGGGUGUUACGCAGUUGUUGGUUGUCACCGAUCCCCGAGCGAGGCGAAAGGCGAACUUCAGCCGCGCCGAAAUCGACGCGUUGGUCUCGGGAUACAAGACGUACAGACCUCUUAUUGAGCGGCGAUGUACAGGCGGCUCCAAAGACAGAAAUCAGGCUUGGGACUUGAUAACCAAGUCCCUGUUUGCUGUUUCUGGUGUUCGCCGAACAGCGGCAGAAGUAAGAAAGAAAUGGGCGGACUUAAAGUCAUUAAGCAAGAAAGGUGCCAACUGUGGUGUUACUGCUGGGAACCUUCUUGCUGAGGCUUCGUUAUUCAAUAAUCUCAACGAAUUUGUGAUAGGGAUGCCCAUCGAAGAUUGCUUGCUCGGCAGCAGCACAGAAGCCCCAAGUAGCACAGGAACUGAAGAGCCAAGCGAUAACUUGAAUUCUAAUGCAGAUGUCAAGGCAGAGCCUCCCAGCUCCCCAGGAGAGGUGUCCUGUGAUAACAAAUCAAAUGAUCCAGAGCCAGAACAUGAAGAUGAAGUUCCAUGCAAUAGCAGGUCAACCCAGACAACUGAGCCAAGCUCACCGAGUGAAAGACAACUAUCUGAAGUAUCUGGAAGUCCCGACAUGAAGAAGAUGCGAGUGGGUGGUGGAGAAGAAGAAACGAGCGAGUUGCUGAAAACACAAAAGGAGAUACUUCAUGUGCUCAAGCGGCUUGCUAAAGCGCAAGAAAGGCUCGUUCAACUGAAAGCCUGGAAGCACGGUGUGAAGCUGACUGAAGAUGGUAUUUCUUAUGAGCACCAGAAUGCAGAACACAGCAGGAAAAAUGGUCUUCAAGGGGCAACACCAGCUUCAACAUCGUGACCUCCUACUCGUUUUUUUUCUUUCAUUCUUUGACUUCUAGCUCCCAUGGUACAAAGUUUGACUGUGCUUCAUAGCGUAACAUGAUCUCAUCUGUUGUGUAGUGGCAUGUAUAGUAAAUGUGCAAAGGCUGUAGUCGCCCAUUUUAGUGAUAUCGCCUUUAGCAAAUGCUGAUUGGCUAAACAAGUGGGCAGUGGGCUUGUUAGCUCCAGUUAGGUGUUGCUCUGAAUGCUCUCGUCAGGAAAAAAAGUCUUGAAAGUGAUCGCUCAUGUACACGAGUUCAGUUUCUUACAUAAACUGCUGCCUGCAUGAAGUGUGACACGUUUGCAGCCUUUACAAACUUCACAAUGGAACAUAUAAUUGUGGGUCUGACCAAAAGUAAAGUGAAAUCUGUUACGGCACCAUCUGUAUUAUUCAAAAAGAGACACUUUUCUUUCACUUUUUGUGCUAGUAAAUGUCAUUUCCCUGGCUGAAAAAUCUAUCUGCUGUGAGCAUGAGGUUGCGAGCUCGAUUCCCAGGUGCAUUCUAAUGGAGACAAAACGCAGGAAUGCUCAUGUACCUAGCAUUUUGCACUAUUCUGUCUAUCAUACUGUGUCUUGCCUUAGAUAUUGAAUACCAUUAGUCAGUCAUUGUAGGCAAGAAAUGUAGAUAGCCAAAGUUUCGGGAAGGUUAUCUACCAAACUAGGUUGAUUUCGUGCUUCUCAUUAGUUUCCCUUUUAAGAUGCAACAUCUGAUUAUUGCAUUUGAUAUGUGCCUGAUUGAUAUACCCUCAUUAUGUGUUGUUUAUUUCUGUGUAAAGCAAAUAUAAAGUUAAUUAUCCUAAAGAGGCUAAGCUUUAUGUGCAGUAUUUCAUGUUGUGGUAUUGCUACCAGUGGGCUGUAGCUAGUAUGGAAAUCGUACAACUUCGGUCUGGAUCAUCACAGAGUACAUUAGCCACUGCUAAGACUUGCAUUGUUGUAUAAGUGCCAGAUUUUGUGAGACUUGGUUACAAAGCAUGUUGGUUGUUCUUUUGCCUCUGAAAAGUGUUAUCUUGUUCUUUAAUCUCUUGUGUUUGAGUUGAAAGCAGCAUGCCUUAUGUCUCUAAUCGUGUGCCUAAACUCUGCAUAAGUUGGCAUGCAAAUUCAUAUUCAAUGCAGUUUUGUCUUCUGUCUAGUUGGGUCUCUCAUGCUUGACAACGAAGGAAAUUUUGCGCACCGUGGAAUGGAAGCUAGCAUGAUUAUUGUAUUGUUCUGCAGCACACACAGCAUACGGGACUUGUUGUGAUGACUCAGUGCCUAUGUAAAUCUGCUGCUAAGCAUGACGUCACUCCUUCGAUCCCCGGCCAUGGUGAUUGCAUUCCAGUUGAGGCAGAAUGCAAAAAUACACGUUUCGGUGUGCACUAAGGAAUCCCAAGAGGUCAAAAUUAAUCCAGAGCUCGUCACUACAGCAUCCCACACUGUGACUUCGCAAGUCAUUACAUCUAAAAAAGUAAUUUUUAAUCUUUAUUUAACACAAGGUCACAAAGUGCAGCCACAGAUCCGCAUAGAGAGUGGCAAGUCAGCUGUCCAAUUGGCAAAGCAGCUUUCACCCGAUGUCGAAGUGUAUCCAGCAAUACUUGAGGAUACCUGUAUGACGUUUCCACUUGUCUCUUGUAUCAUUCAGCACUAUUCAAGUUGUGGACAUUCCAAUCCUUAUCCCCUGUAUGCAGAUAAAUGACAGUUGUCUCACUGUGUUAUGACCCACAAUGAACACUGAGUUGCACUUUUUGCACUGUUACCUCUUUCAUUUGAGACAUCCUCUGUGGACAAGUCAUUUGGUGGCCUAUACUGCAACACUAAUGGCUGUGAUGCGGCAGUGGCCACUGGUUUAAUGUGACAUUUGGACGCAGCUGUCCGAGUGUGACUUGGCUUUCUGUUCAAAGUCUGUCCUUUGAAAGAAACUGUAUGAUAUAAAUGUCUAAAAUGUACAGGUUUAAAAGGACAUAGGGGGCACAAGUGCGUCCGAAACAAAGCCACAAUGAAACAGUAUGAUAAAAAAAAGCCUGCAAUUGGUGUAAUAGCACAUGGCCAAUGAGACUUCAUUCAUCAAGGGCCCAAUGGAAGAAAAACCAGUUACAGCACAGUUACAGCACAUAUAUGUUAAGUGAUAGUGCAGUAUGCAUAAUUACUUCUUCCACCAGGCUUUCCCAUUCUAGUGGUAUGAAUUCCUUGCUGAAAAGUCUCCGAAACUCAACUGUUACUCAUCGCAAUAUUUGCAUAUAAGUGUUCUACAAGAUGUAUUAAGGACUCUAGUAAAUGCUAUCUGCCAGCAUUAACUUAUGGGGCUGCAAUUUGGAGGAUAGCUAAGAAACUUGAAUGCAAGGCGUGCAUACUGUGUGCAUGAGGCACAAGCAUGAACAACUGCAAAAAAAAAAAGUGUUGACCCUUAGUAAGCUGCUAAAGCACGAUAAGCAUUGUCAUUGUCAUGCUCAAAUUUGCACUUUGUCAUUGACAUGUUAGAUGAGAUUAGUUGUGACAAAUUACAGCACCAUUUGCACAAGGGAUAAGACUUGUGGGAAGAGGUUUGUGCAAGGACUUGCUGUCUGCUUGUCCCAGAUUUUACCUUUGUAAUUUACAUUUUAGUUCUGCAGCCAUGGCAUGGACAGUGACUGCGUAACUUUACUAGUCCAGUGUUGGCUUGUUUAAUGGCAUUUGUGAUACUUUUUGAUGUUGGUAGAGUUGUGUGUGUGUACCAAACAUUUUUUUUUCUCUGUUGCAUCCUCAUAUAAGCUGUGCACAUAGUUUACGUGCACACCCUUCACUUUCAUCCCAUUAAAACACCUAUUUAUGCAGCAUAUUUUAAUGUCCAUGCAUGUUACGUCUAUAGAUCAUGUAUACAAAUUUAAAUAUAGAAAUAAAAGAAUGGUUCUCCUCAUUUCA